AAAGUAACUUAAUUCCAAUUUUUUCCUUUUUGAUAUUGAUUUACUUUUUGAUUGUUGUUUAUUUUGUGGCAACAAUUUUCUACAUUUAUUUUUCCAAUGUAGUUCAGAAUCAAGUUAUCUAUUACUGUUUACCAGUAUUGUCCUACAUCAAGGUCAACAAUUAUCAUCAUUUCGUUUUGUUUUUGUUUGUUUUGAUUUUGUUUUUUUUUUGUUAUAUUAUAUUAUUGUUCUUGUUGUUUUUGUAUUCUUUUAUAUCUAUCACUAUUCCAUUGCUUCGAAAGUAUUUUUCGUCUCUCUAUUUUUUUGCAAAUCUACAGUAAUACCUGGAUACAACCUGAAAGGUCACAAAUUAAUUUAUGCAAAAAUAGGAAAGGUUAACUGUUUUUACUUGUGCAAUCUUAUAUUAUUAUCUGCUUAGUGUACAAACGAGAAAUGGAGCCAACCAGUCCAUCAUCAUUAUACCACCAGCAACAUUACCAACAACAAGUUUCCUACCAUGGUUAUUCUCACGUUCAACAAAGUUCUCAUCAAACUCAACACCAUCAUCCUUUCUCACCAAAUUCAUCUUCACCACAAUCAACUAAUUCUUCACAAAUUCAAACCACCAUUGGUGACUCUCCUGUGCGUAUCGGUGAUACCAUUGCUCUUUUUGUGGCUCAAGGUAAAUUUCAAGGUUUUUUAACUACUCUUGAUUCAGUGGAUGAAAGAGCUGCUGUUACCUGUGAUGGUAAUCUAACUGAGACGCCAUCCAAGAUGAGGGAUUAUCUCUAUCGUAUUUGUAUUGCUGGUAAACAUGAGGCUCAACAAGAUUAUCAAGAGGCUCGACUACGUGAUUCCAGUAAUGAAAAUAAGCUAAACAAAUUGAAAGCCUUUGCAACAGAGGAAAAACGUUUAAAUGAGGCAGAAAAUCGAGCUCAAAGAGGGGAAAUUUUACAUUAUGGUGAUGUUAUACAAUUGUUAAACAUUAAAAACAAUAAAUAUGUUACUGCAUUUACAAAAAUUCCUGCUCAACUAGAUCCUUCUGCUUGGAGAGUUUCUCUGGAUCGUGAUGGAAAUGACAAUUCACAUUUCCGUGUUACAGAUUGUCUCAAAUUUCGAGGUAACGGUGAACAGGUAACUUAUGGGGAUGAAAUUUUUCUCGUUUCUGUGUCAGCAGGUCAACGUCUUCAUGCUUCCAACAGAGAACAUACCGAUCACAAGGGUUGCUUUGAGGUCAACAUUCACAAUGCCUUAACAAGUUGGAAAAUCCUUCUCUACUUAGAUUACAGAGAAAAUUUAGAAGGCUACCUGAAAGCCGGUGAUGUUUUCCGUCUGUUUCACUCUGAAUCAGCUCGAUAUUUAACCCUAGACGAUCUAGAAGAAACAGGAAAUAAUGGUAAAAAGGUUGUAUCACAAAAAGUGUUCCUUAGAUAUACCGCAAGAACGGAAGCAACGUCCGCAACCAGCUCUAAAGCUCUGUGGGAAGUUGAAAUCCGUCAAGGUGAAGUGCCUCGAGGUGGAUUAGCUCAUUGGGACUCAACAAUCAGAUUCAAACAUUUAUCGACUGGGAAAUAUCUUGGACUAGCUCCUGAUCCUACCGCUGAACCAGAUUCAAAUCAAUGGUAUCUUGUUCCAUCAUCAACAUAUGAUGAUAAAAUUGAAUUUCGCCUUCAUCCAACUCGGGAAGUGAAUAUUGGUGAUUGUGUUCCACAUAAGUCUUUUGUUAGAAUCCAUAAUCAACCAACCCGUACUUGGUUACAUCAUACAAAUGACUUCUUCGAUGAAAAUCAAAAGAAAGAGAAAGAGCAAGUUGUUCUCUACAUGUCUAAAGUAAUUGCAAAGCAAAAAAAUGGAAAUAAAGAGGUUUUCCAGAUAAUUCCAGUUUCAUUCUCAGAAGUUCGUGAUCUUGAUUUUGUCAACGAUGCUCAUCGUUUCCUGAAAACAGCUGUAGAAAAAUUGAAAGAUCAUUCCUUGUCUGCUGCCGAAAGAAAAGUUCUUAAAUCACUGCUUUUUGAUUUAAUGUUUUUUAUCAUUAACCAACCCAAAGAUGAGUCAAAACCACAGCCACCAAGCACCUCAUCGGUUAUACCUGACCGAGAUAGACAAAAGCUGGUGCGAGAACAAAAGCUUUUACAGAUUAUUUUUGAGCUUUUAGCUGCUCCGUUUGUUAAAAAAGAUUCAAUCCCUGACGACCCGGAGUACAAUCGAUAUUUAGUUGAAAUACUUCGCUAUGCAUACCGGAUUCUUCAAUUAAGUCAAAAAGACUAUCGUAAAAAUCAGGUGGAAAUAAGUAAAAAAUUUAGUUUCAUAAUUGGUCAAGUGGAGCAUAAACAGACAGAAGAAUCAGCUUUGGAAACCAUAACAGUGUUGAUCCAGGGUAAUACUCAGUUUAUGGAAGGUUUUGUUGGUGAAAAUGAAAUUAAAUUAUUUAUAUCACUUCUUAAAACACCCAAAGAAACCAAAAAAGAGAGUAAAUCAAAUAUAUUAGAUUUACUGAAAAACCUAUGUGUCUGUGAUGGUGAAUCUGUCAAAACCCAAGAAAGUUUUUGUAAAUGUCUGCUCUUUGAAAAUCAAGAUGCUUUGAUUCACACUAAAAUGGAGAACAAUGAAGUCUACCUGUAUCCAGAUUCAUCUCGUCCUGAAUCAAAAAUAUCUCUCAAACAGUUGGUUUCCGAUGCAAGAAGAUCAAAUCAUGGAGAAUCCAAUGCUGAACAAAUGCUUAAAUACUAUUGCAAUCAAUUGGAUUUGUUUUGUGCCAUGUGUUUCAAAAGACAAUAUGACGCCAUUGGAUAUUUAAAAGAUACAGAGAAACUAAGUAUUGAAUUGAUUCAUCAAUGUAUGGUUGACGAAGAUUUACCGAUAGAGUUGAGGGCAGUUUUUUGCCGUCUAAUGCUUCAUCUUCACGUUGAUUGUAAGCCCAAUGUAAUGAUACAACCAAUCGAGUAUGCUCGUGUUUGGGCUGAUAUACCGACACCCGAAGAGUUUGACAGUUACGAUAUUGUUGAAGCUAAAUUGAAGGUUGGAGCUGAUGGUGCUCGUAAAGAGACUCAAAAUGCAUUGGCAAAUACUAUUAAUUUUGUUGAAAAUUAUCUUAAAAUGGUUGGACAAGGAAAUAAAGAUUACAUUAACAAUCUAACCCUUGAAGUAAUGAAAUUGGUACGAAAUUUAAUGCUUUUUGGAUUUUUUAAUUUCAAAAAGUUGAUCAAUUUAAACAAAACAAUAUUGGACAUUUUGAAAAAAUCAGAGAAACUUGAUGAACCAGAUGAAAAGAAUGAAAGUAUUCCGAAAGGUUUAAGGGUAGUUGUCGAGAAAAAGAUGGCUGAACAUAAACAAGCACAAAGCAUAUCAAAGCCACCGUUAGGAUCAUUAGGAUUAGGACCAUCCAUGGACAUAAGGUUAAACAUCAUAGAGAUAUUAAAUUUUAUUUAUGACAUAAGACUGGACUAUCGGAUAACAUAUAUUUUGGUCCAUUUUAAGGAUCAAAGCCAAAACUUGUCUACACCGUUGAAAAUAUCCUCCGAAGAUGUUGAAGCUAUAUUUGAAGAUUCAAAGACUAACCUUGAUGGAUCAAUGGGUUUCAUAUCAGUGAAAAUAUUAUUAAGUUUCAUCAUUAACUCCAUGGCAUACUCAUUAGUGUCUGGAGCAAUGAAAUUGUUGAUAAGGGAAUUUAAACAAAGAAAAGAGUUUCUCAAUGCUUUGCGGCAAGUGCAAUUGUUGAUUAAAAAAGAGGAUGUUCAAAUUUAUGAAUAUUUUCGCAAAGCUUUGGAAAUUUUGAAGGAAUACGUUGAAGAAUCGGAAACUUGGGUUUACACCAAAUCAAAAAGAGACGAUGAAGAUAAAAUAAAGUCUGGUUUGCGUGAUGAAGAUCGCGAUUUACCGUCACCUCCUUCCGGAAUACCCAAUUAUCCUUUACUGAUUGGUUCAAGCAAAUCAAAUUCACUUCUCCAAAUCGAUAUUAAAGACGAACAGAUAAAAAGGUAUAAUCGGGUUGACAUAAUUCUGCGAACUCUAUCUUACUGUUGCCGUGAUAGAUCAACCAAUAAAGCCAAGAAAUUAGAGCAAAGUCUACUCCAAUCAAGAGGAUUGGUAAAGAUUCUAGUCGAUUUGUUGUCAAUUAAUUAUGACGAGAAUGAUCAUCACAUAAAGAAAAUCUUUGAACGAACACAUGAACUCUUACAAGACUUUUGUUUCAAUAAUCCAACCAAUCAAGAGGAGCUUUAUGAACACUAUGAAAGAUUUCUCAAGCCAGAGAAACUUGAGAUGCAAACUUUAAUGAGCAUUUUCGUUAACAAUGAGAAACUGUGCAAUGAAAUUAACGAAGAGGCAAUUAGAAAAUGUGUCAAUUUUAUUAUUUCUCAAGGCAAAAAAACAUAUUUCCUUGAUUUCCUGUUAACCAUUGUUAAAUCUGAAGGAAAAGCUUUGCCCAAUGUGCAAGCCAAAAUUUUGAAUGAACUCAAAUUUCACAAGGAGGACAUUUUUGACUGGGAUGGAGGUGAAAAAAUACGAGAAUUAAUGAGAUCAAUGAUGUCUACGAAAGCGGAUAAAGAAGGUGAAUUAUGGUUUCACAUUAAACUAAUAGACUUAUUGGCUGCCUGUACAGAGGGUAAAAACAAAAACAAUGAGAAAGAUUGUGCUGGAUUAUGUCCAUUUGAUUAUAUUGCUCACAUCAUUGAGGACAACAAUUGUACACCGCGAGUUAAAGAAGCUUAUUGUCGAUUGUUGACCAACUCGUAUAUUGAGACGGAAAUUCACCAAGAAGAGAUUAGCCGUUCAUCUAAAAUGUCCAAAUUGAUUGGUAAUUUAAUUGAUGAUAUUAGGAAAACAUUGACCGAAGUAACUGAACCCAAAUCAACGUUGGAUCAUGAGUGGACUUCUUACUUUUCUCGUGGAUUUCUUUACAUGAUUAGAGCUUUUAUAACUUCAUCAAAUGCUGCAAGUUCAGCAGAAACCAUCAAAAACUUGGGAGAAUUAGUUAAUCAAAGAUUCGUUGUGCCGGAGAAUAUUGAGCAAAAGUUGAAGAAAGAAAUUCGUGAAACCAUGGAAAUAUUAUCUAAAUUAGGCGAUAGAAGUGCAUCUUUAAAUGUAGAUGUUGCUAAAUUUGCAUCUGCUUGGCAGAAAAAAUUAGCUCGAGAAACAUCUCAUUCCGAGUCUGAUCAACAGCGAGCUAAUUUAUCGAAAGAACCUCCAAAGGUUCAAAUAAGUUCAGCACCUAAUGACAAAACCAAUCAAUCGAUAUCAACUAAUGAUGAAACAAAAACUCCACCGACACCUCCAGCUCGAAAGCGACCGCCUCGUCUUCAAUUAAAUGGAACUGAAUCAACAUCUUCUUCAUCAAAUGAUCUACCAUUAUUGUCCCAGCAACAUUAUCAACAACAGCAGGAAACAAGUGAUCAAUUCAAUCUACCUUUAUCUUCAUCUCUGAAAGAUGACAUUGUUCAAUCAAAUUGGAAAAAUUUAAUAGAUGAACAAAGAACCGAGUUAGAGCCUAAAAUUAAAGCUGAAUUAUCCGUAUUGAUUGAUGUCUUCUAUCAACCUGCGGCUCUAUUUCCUAUUGAUACUCAAAUGCACCAUAAACUGUUCUCAGGCCUUUUCAUUAGUCAUCUUAUUCAACAUAUCUUAGCUCUUGUUAUGUAUGGAACCAAAGAACAAAUUAAAACUGAUGAAAAAGUCAUCAUACAGACAUUACAAAUUUUAACAGAGCUUGUCAUUGAUGAUAAAACGAAUCAGGAGCUUCCUGAGCCUACUGAAUACGAGCUCAGCCUUGAAGCCAAGGCUGAAAGUUUAAGACUGCAACUUAAAGAGCGCUACUUUGGACCGGCUAACAACAAUUCAACAACAAAUAGCAAUCAAGAUAACAAACCAUAUCCAACAUCAUCAUCAUCAUUACCAUCUCAAAAUUCACGAAGCUCUAAAGACUUACGUUUUAUACAAAAUGAAUUGAAUGCUCUGGGCGCUCCUAAAAUUGUUGUUGAAAUUAUAAUGAGAAAUCCAAAUGAAAACAUCUUUAUAUAUGCCAUUAAGUUUGGUAAAGCACUUCUUAAUGAUGGUAAUGAAAAUAUUCAGAAGAGUUUCUACAAGGAAAUACAAAAUGGAUCUGAAAAGUUCAUAAAAAAUUUUUACGAUCGCAUGGUCAUAGCUCAAAAGGCAUACAAAACUGGCUUCAAAAGUCAACUUUUUGCCAAAAGCCCUUCAACACCGAGCAAAACAUUACUUGAACGCGACGCUACUCCUGUGACGGAAUUUCCUAUGCCACCUCCUCUUCCUUCUGUUUCACCUUCCCCUCGAGCUGUUGCAAACAUUUUGAAUUCUGGCAAAGUCACAGAGGACAAAGAGAAUCAGUUAAAUAGCGCAAUUGCUGCUACAGAAUCAGGAUAUAAAGUUUUAUCCAACAAACCUUUAGGAACUUUCGUGGAACCCAGUUUUCAAGAUGAAGACUUUCUUAACUUGCGAACUGAGUCUCAUGGAAGUGGAAGUAUUACUCCAAAUACAUUUGCAGCUAUGAUAAGCCACCAAUUGGCUCCUUGUAAAAAGUCUAAGCUUCCUCCUGAAGUAACCAUCAUGGAAGAAAUUCUUGAAUUUCUUAGGCUUUUAUGUGAAAAUCAUUAUAGAGAAAUGCAAGAUUUACUUCGAAAUGAUAAAAAGAAGGAUCAAAAUCUGGUUGCAGAAACAUUUAAGUUCCUAAUCAAACUAUGUGGCUCUCACAAGACUAAAACAAUUGAUGGUAAUUAUCUGAAUGAAGAAAAUGUUGGAUUGUUCAAUCAAACGGUCAAAACGCUAAUUGAAUACUGUCAAGGUCCAUGUCAUGAGAAUCAAAACUGCAUAGCUAAAUGUGAAAGCAAUGGAAUUGAAUUUAUCAUUGAGUUGAUAAAAAAUCGGGCUGAACUUGAUAGCAAAUACAUGGAAGAUGUUCGCUCACUAAAGAUUAACGCCUCAAAAUUGCUCUUGGCUAUUAUAGAGUCCAGGUCAGAUAUUGAUUUUGCCGAGAUUGUAGCCAAAAUUGUAAGCGCUAAUCUCAUUCAUCACUCUUGUGAGAUCUAUCAAAAGUAUAAAAAAUAUAUGGAGACGGAAGCACAUCGUGGUAACCCAUCAGCUCUCAAAGACGGCGAGGAAUCUGAAGAGGUCAAGGAAAUUGAAGUUGGCCACAAUAUUUACAUUUUAUGCCACCAAUGCCAAAGAUAUUCGGUUGAGUUGAAUGAGCAAAUCAAUCAUGAACAGCAACAGGAGGAUUGUCGCGAUGCUAUUGCUUUCUUUCAAAAGAAAACUGCUCAAGUUGAAGUUGUUCGUCGUGAUAGUCCAGAACAGCGUGUUGAAUUCAUUGUUUUCGCAGUCCCGGAACAAUGUCAUUUCCUAACUGAAGAAACAAAGAAAAAGGUUCUUCAUCGCACAGAAAUGGACGAAAAGGCACGUUCAAAAGUCCCCGACUUUUUCCGCCAAGUUGAUAAUCUUCAAGCAGAAAUGGAAUGGCAACGUGACUUACAGUCUACAAAACGUCUUUCUCAUGCUAUAUCACGAUACAUGUCCAAAUGGGGCUCUCUUUCAUUCCAAUUGGCCGUUUUAUUAAACAUAAUAGUUAUCUGUUACUAUCCUUUUGGUGAAACUCCAAUUGAACUUGAUUAUCGUUCCUAUUUAGCUUGUCUGGUUGUCGGUCUUUGGUUGUAUCUUUUUGGUACUCAUAAAAGAUCCCUUGAUUUAGUAUUUGACGGAACAUUUCGGUUAACUGUUGUCCUCACUACAUGGCUUUUAAUUCAUACCACUGGACCUCAAUCUGUGAUUUACAUUUGUGGCAUAUUAGACAUUAUUAUCACUGUUGUCUAUCUAUUCAGUUUCAUCAUCAAUCGUGGUUAUAGACGAGGUUGGCGUAUGAUAUUAAUGGACUAUGAAAUGAUUUAUCAUUGUGUUUACCUUGCAUUUUGUACUCUUGGCUUAUUUCAUCCACUCUUUUAUUCUGCUCUCUUACUUCAUGUCAUUUACCAAGAGGAGACACUUCGCAAUGUUAUCCGUUCUGUAACACGAAAUUCAAAGUCACUUCUUCUCACCUGUCUUUUAGCUCUCAUCUUGAUACACAUUGCAGCCGUUUUUGGUUAUCUUUACUUCAAUCUUGACUUUCGUCGGGAAUAUGUUCCUCAAGAUACGGUUGAAGACACUUCAGCAACUGAAUACUCAUGUAAAACUCUAUUCCAAUGUCUCAUCACCACAAUCAACUAUGGUUUACGUUCAGGUGGUGGAAUUGGAGAUGUUUUACGAUCGGCUUCUUCAGAAGAGAGCCUAUAUUAUGGAAGAGUCAUCUAUGAAUUAUUCUUCUAUUUCUUUAUCAAUGUUAUCGUUCUUAACCUGUUCUUUGGUAUUAUCAUUGACACUUUUGCAGAUCUCAGACAAGAGAAGCAAAAGAAGGAAGACAUUUUGAGAAACACUUGUUUCAUUUGUGGCCUUCCUCGAGCUGAUUUUGACAACCGAGCCGGUGUCUCGUUUGAAAGUCACAUUGCUCGAGAACAUCAUAUGUGGCAUUAUCUGUAUUUUAUGAUACUCUUACGAACAAAGCCUAAGACUGAAUUUACUGGACCUGAAACCUAUGUUUACAAGUUGAUGGAGAAAAAUGAUUGGACUUGGUUCCCAAUUCGGAAGGCAAUGUCACUCGAAGGAUCUGAUUCAGAAAUGCAGCUUGAAUUUUUCCGAGCUCCAGAAAGAUUUGCCUAUUCCCGUGAACUAGACUCUCAAGGUUUACCCAAUUCAAGAGAUCCCAUGACUCUUCUUACUCCCUGUUGAAGGAAUUAACGAAAAGAAGAAACAAAUUAAUCAUAAUCAACAAAUUAACGUAUUAGUGAUACAUUCUUAUUUGAAAAUUUAAUUUUCCAAAAUGAUUUCCUGAUGAAAUUUUCAAGGCACACAAGGUGUAAAUGGCACCAAAAAAACAAUUUAACCAAUUGUUGAUGAAUGGAUCAAUGAAAGCAACUGCACAAUAUAGUUAUUACUGAUAUUAUUAAUACCAGAAUAUUAUCGUUAUUGACUAGCUUAAUGAUAAUAUCUGUGUAUUGUUCAAAGUGUAAUAAUGUUUAUUCAUAAUCAAUUGUUAACAACGAAUGUAACCCAUUGAAUCAUUGCCGACUAGAACACUUAGUUUAAAUCAAUUAGACAAAAAAAAGAGGAACACAAAAUAUUCAUUUAUAAAUAUAUUCUCAUGUGUAAAAAAAGUGCAAGUCUAAUAUAUCAAACUGCAAUCAAUUGUUUCAAUGGGUUGAUUCAUUGUGAGAGAAACUAAAUGCAUUAUAUUCAACUGUUAAACAUUUUUUUUGUUACCAAUUCCUUAAUUAUCAUUCCAAUCAAUCCCGUUGUCCCAUUUUGAAUCCUUUUGGUCACAGAUAUAAGUCAUCCUCAUUUCCCUGCAAUUAAUAGACAAAGAAGAACCCAAUUUUUGAAUUGAGUUUAAUUUGCAAUUGACUGUAAACCAAAAAACAAAUGAUUUGUUGAGCUUAUUUUACUAAAACAAACCUAAAUAAUCAAAGAGUUAAAAUUAAAAUAUGCUCAAAAAACAAAAUUAGAUUUAUGUAAUUUCUGAUGAAAAAACAACACAUGAACUUAACUACAAUAAAGCAGAGUGAUUUGUUUGCCAUUAUAA